GCCGUGACAACUCGAAUUGUUCGUCGUCCUUUCCGUAACCGAAGAAGCCAAGCAAGGAAAUCCAGCCAGAAAACUGUUUGGCAUGAAAAUGAUCGAAAAAAUCUACCUGUCGCAACAAAAGAUAGUCUCUUAAAACUGUUCCGACUACGUAGGUACUUAUUUUAGUAGCAGAAGUAUCCGUCUUAGAUAAAGGCGGCGCAAGUGAUGGAAGCCCCGCUAGAAGAUGAGACUCCUGCCGAUGGUUUAGCGGGGACUGAAGGACCCAGCAAUGGAGAGGAGUUGAAACCCUCUGCCGAAGCUUUAACAUUCAUGUCCAGCAUUGAGCCCGCGGAGCUGCAGAAGUGUAUGUUUACAGACUCCCUGGUGACUGUGUCAGAGGGCGGCAGAGACCUGGGGAAAUUCAGUGUGACGGUGGAGUUUGCUCGUAGAGUCCAGCAGCCCUGUAUGCUGCUGCACGCCCAGAGCCAAGGAGCCAUUGACAACUCCCCCUGUGGAACAACAGUAACAGCCUACCUAACUACUGACCUGGAGGUGCUGGAGGAAGAUUACCAUGAAUAUGUCAAGCUUGAAGGCCACAGUUUGGAUAAGAGGUGUCACAUGGUACAGCAUGAUGGACAGAUGGUGAUCAAUAAAGUUACCACCAUGGGAGAGGAGGUGAUGAAGGAGACUGUUUCUUAUCCCAUGUCUGUCCUAAGAGGGCUGGUAACAGAGGGCUCCAUCUUGCUGCUGAUGCGCCUGAUUGCUCUGAGGAAGAAGCUGCCAGAGCACAUGACCUUCAUCUCCCUCGAUCAAGGAUUACACAUCACCCACACCUCCUUUAGUGAGCUGGGUCUGAAGCAGCUGGAGGUUGUGAGUGAGACUGUGGAGGUCUUUGGGAUGGAGAGGAUUGUUCACUCUGUGGAGGACAGCCCCACUACCUGGCAGUGCUACUUCCUGGAUGAUGGGCACUUGGCCAGCAGAGUGCAGGUGGGAUCACCAGUCACCAUGAGGCUUCUGCAGCUGCCAUCACAGCUAGAGAGAGGUUUUGAGAAGAUCCCCCUGGUUUGGGAAGAAGACAUGCAGAUGCGCUCCAAGUUCUUGGACAGAAAGGAGGAGCUGAAGGCAGACCAUGCCUCAUACCUCAGACAGCAUCCAGAGAUCCGUGCUCUCAUAUCUGACUUCCUGCAGUUCUUGUUGCUGAAUAAACCAGAUGAUGUCUUCCAGUUUGCCAGAGAGUACUUUCUCCCGUUUGCCUCCCGCCAUCCUCCAGAACCAAGCCUGAAAACCUCAUCAUUCUGAACGCACACCUAAUGGAACAUCUCACAACUUCAGAACUGUCUUUUAUAACUUGAGGUAUAUUAAUCAACUUAACUCACACUGAAACUUAGGAAUUGCAUGUGUCUUCUGAGUGACAGAUGACUAGUGGUAUUUAAGGAAACAUGAUGGAGAUGAACAACAAACAUGAGACUUCACCUGAGCUGUGUGAUCUUGAUUGACCUUAAUCAAUCUGAAUAAAGUGGUUCGUUUCAAA